GUCCCCCGUCGGUGCAAAGUUGCAGACAAUGGCGAACGCAGUUGCCAUGAGUUCCCUGCUGGGCUCCAAGAGCGCGGUGGCAGCCCGCCCCGCAGCGUUCAGUGGCAAGGCUCGCACAGCUCGCGUGCAGGCCAGGUUCGUUGCUGUCAGUGCAGCAGACAGGCAGGUCUGGUUCCCAGGCAAUGCCCCUGCACCCCACCUGGAUGGCUCGCUCCCAGGAGACUUUGGGUUCGACCCUCUGUCACUUGGAUCGGACCCACAGCUGCUGAAGUGGUUCCAGCAGGCAGAGCUUGUGCACGGCAGGACUGCCAUGACAGCUGUAGCAGGAAUCCUCUUCCCUGCGGUGGCCACCAAGGCGGGUGUGGUGAACAUUCCCCAGUGGUACGACGCCGGCUCUGUGUGGGUCCAGAACAACCCCAACUUCCCCUUUGCCGCGCUGCUGUUCAUCCAGAUCAUCCUGACCGGCUGGGUGGAGACCAAGAGAUGGCUGGACUUCAAGAACCCAGGCAGCCAGGCCGACGGCUCCUUCCUGGGCGUGACCGAUGACUUCAAGGGCGUGGCCAAUGGCUACCCGGGUGGCAAGCUCUUCGACCCCUUCGGCCUCUCCCGCGGCUCUGAGGGCCAGCUCCAGAAGUACCAGGAGAACGAGAUCAAGAACGGCCGCCUUGCCAUGGUUGCCUUCCUUGGCUUCAUCGCCCAGCACGCCGCUACCGGCAAGGGCCCCAUUGACAACCUGGCCGAUCACUUGGCCAACCCCACAGCCGUCACCUUUGCCACAAACGGCGUGUCUCUGCCAUUCGUGCACUAGACGGUCUCUGCGCUCGAGCAGCAGCUCUGUGCAUUCACAAGAGCUGUGGCUUGGGCGCGGUGCUGUCUUGCAAGCUGUAUCUGGGGAGGAAGCAAAGCAAUGCAAGAGCUGGGAGUUACUUGGCGGCGCUCUGUAGAACAUGACUGGACAGGCCUGGCUGUUGCAGAAUCCGAAAAAAUGCUAUUACAUGAGAAGACAAUAUAUUGAGAGGAAUUGUUCCUCUGCGUGCCCACAUAGAGUGGUAUCAUUGAUGUAACAUCCUGCAGUGC